AUGGUUGAGGCCAGCCUCGCUAAAGGCAGCUCGGACCUCCGCUUUCUGCUAACGCACCAUAAGGUGACGGCCGAUGUGCAAGCUAAGCUCUAUGAUAACAGCAUUGACACGGUUGCUAAGUUCGCUGCUUUCGUCAGCGACGCAGCCGACCUCCGAGAGGUGCUAAAGACCGACCUGGGCAUCGACCCCGCUAGCUCCCUGAGCCUCCGAGCUCAGGCGGCUUCCUUGAUGGCUUUCGCUACCCAGUUUGGGGACCUGGAGGAUAAGCACAUCCCCGCUAAGGAAUACAUCGAGAAGAAGCUGCACGAGCUAGAGACCGGGGAGUUCCGCGCGGAACCGCUAACGGAGGUCAUCAGUCGGGACGAAGUCGAUCCCGACGUGCUACUUCCCCGCUGGAACGCUAGUGGAACCCUUUCCAUUGCAAAGGGGGGUUCCCGCACGGCAGCUCCGUCUGGUCCGGAACAGCUACGACUCCGUCUCACCGUGCUACAGAACGCCUUGAUCAUGAUCAAGCUGAAGCACCCUGGGCGGGCUGAGCUAGCAGAUGUCACCUUCGCGGUCUUCGAGCGCUACAAGGACUACCUCCUGGGAGACUACUGCUACGGCCUCCGCUCCAGCGAGGAGUCAGGAUCUCUGAUCCCGCCCUGGCCGCUAAUCCUCAGCUAUGAGCAUGCUAUCCGCAAGCAUGCCUACAAGCUCAUGGCUACGGAUGGUCGCCCCUUCGGCGAGGCGCUCGCCAAGGCAUACAAAGAGGCUACUGUCAAGGAGAGGCACUUCACCACGCCCCUCGCGCUACAUGCCAAGCGGCCGAACCCCUCCGUACCCCCUCCCCCGCUAAACCCCUACCAGCGCGACCCCAAGAAGGGGAAAGGCAAGCUGGGCAAGGGCAAGGACAAGCAGCCGACCAAGUUCGGCACGCUAGCAGGCACGUCCAGCCGGACCCCCGAUGGCAAACCCAUCUGCUACCGUUUCAACGCUAAGGGCGGCUGCAAAAAGGGCGACAAGUGCCACUUCGCCCACGUGUGCCUGCACUGCUUCGCUAAGCACCCGGCCACACAGUGUCCCACGCUAAAGAACAAGAAGGACGACAAGCAGCAGGUGCUACGUGUGCUCUACUUGUUUGCGGGAGCUAAGAGACCGUGGGACAUGGCUACCUGCGUCAAGGAGACGGCCUCGGCCUGGGGUUGGGACGCUACAAUCGAGUGCGUGGAUAUUUGCAGAAGCGCAAAGAUGGACCUCACCAAGUCCGCGCUACGGCAGAGCUACCUGGACAAGAUCCAAGCCAAAAGUUUCGAUGCUAUACUUCUCUCGCCGCCCUGCUCCUCGUUUUCGAGGGCACCCUUUGCUAACCACCGCGGGCCCCGACCGGUCCGUUGCUACGAGCAUCCGCGCGGCAAGGAUACGCUAACAGCCCGCGAGCGGGAUAGGGCUAUACUGGGCAACCUCUUCGCCGACUUCGCUUGGGACGUGGCUACCUUGGUGGCGCAAGGCGCUGCUAGCUUCCUCGCGUUCGAGCAGCCGGAGGGGCUCUUCGCUACCUCUGGCUCCGAGCGCUGGCCGCCUCGCCUCUGCCAGUGGCUAGCCGGCGUGCUGGUGGAGACCUGCCUGGACCCUGCUACGACUGCUACGGAGGGGGAGGUCCAGGAACAGCGCAACGACGAGAACCUCAGCUACACUGUCAACGAGCCCGAGGGCCACAAGGACUACCAUGACGGCGGAGGCCUCUGCUCGCCGGGACGCUGGAAACCUGAAAACAGGCUGCUCAGGGGGAUGCUUGAGGCGGCCGGCGACCCCGACCGGGAGUUCCUCCGUCGAGCAGAGGAAGGGCUACCGCUAGGCAUCCUGGAGCCGCUACCGCGCACUCCGCAUGUGUUUGAAGAACAGCUGAAGUGGCCUCUCGAGAACGCUCCGUGGGAGGCCUCGCUAGCAUGGGUUCCGAACUACUCCUCCGUAGAAGAGCACCUGGCUUUUGCUAAGGAGAAGUUUGAUGAGGACGUCGAGGAGGGCCUCAUGGCUAGAAUGACGCUCCGGGAAUUCAAGGAGCGCUACGGUGAGAACUCCGCCAUCGCUAGUCUCGCUAUCAUCGUGGAGGAUGAGCUAAAGGAUAAGAAACGCAUCAUCCAUGACGCUACCCACGGGGUCCGGGUGAACCACCGGAUAAAGUGUCGAGACAAGAUACGCGCGCCCGGUGCUAGGGAGAAGAAGCAGCUACUCCGAGAGAUGAUAGACGAGAAUCGGGUAGCUUUCUCCGUGGUGGGCGAUAUUUCCAAAGCCCACC